AUGCAGUGACGGAUCGCUUUUCACAACGGACCGGAACCACAGUGCUUGACCCGGAAUUGGAGCUCCGGUAACUAGGAAGUGUAGCUCACCUAGGCCUCGGCUCUUAGAGACGCCAUUUUCUCAACGUCCAGCCGCCGCUAUGGGUUCUUCGAAGCGGCACCGGGAGCGGGGCGAGGCCUCCGAAGAGCCCCCGCCGCCUCCUGCCGCCUCCUCCUCCGUUGGCGGUACCGCGGCCUCCUCCUCGUCCCGCCACCGCGAGCACAAGAAGCACAAGCACCGAAGCGGCGGUGGCAGCAGUAGCAACGGGAGCGAGCGGCGGAGCAAGCGGAGCCGGAGCCGGGGCGAGCGGAGCAGUCGGAGGAGCGGCGGGGAUGAGGCCGCCGCUGCCUCCUCGUCGUCCUCUGCCCGGGGGAGCCGUGCCGCCGCCGCCGCCGCCGCCUCCGGGAGCCAAGAAGCCGAAGUGGGGCGUCGGAUUAAGCGAGAGAAGCGCGACGAAGGAUACGAAGCCGUGCAAAGCUCAGCUGCCGGCCCAAAGUCCAGCGCAGGAGAUGCUUCUCUCAGCAUUGAGGAGACAAACAAGCUCCGGGCCAAACUUGGGCUGAAGCCUCUGGAGAUAAAUACCAUCAAAAAGGAAUCAGGCAGCAAGGAGGACCCUGUGGCAGCCGAAGUCAUCAACCCGAUCGUGCUGAAGCAGCGAGAAGAGAUCAGGGAGAAGCUCGCUGCUGCCAAGGAGAAGAGGCUCCUCAACCAGAAACUAGGGAAGAUCAAGUCACUUGGCGAAGAUGACCCCUGGCUGGAUGACACGGCUGCCUGGAUUGAGAGAAGCCGGAAGUUGCAGCUGGAGAAGGAGAUGGCUGAGAAGAGGGCCAAGCUCUUGGAAGAGAUGGACCAGGAGUUUGGCAUCAGCAGCCUUGUGGAGGAGGAAUUUGGGCAAAAGAAGAAGGUGAGCUAUAGCUCGCGAGACUUGAAGGGCCUGACAGUGGAACACACCAUUGAUUCCUUCCAGGAAGGAGAGACAGUCAUCCUAACGCUCAAAGACAAAGGAGUUCUGGAGGAGAAGGGCGGCGAUGUCCUGGUGAACGUCAACAUAGUGGAUAAGGAGAAGGCCCAGAAGAACGUGGAACUGCGCAAGAAGAAGCCUGAAUACAAGCCCUACGAGGAAGAGGAGAGCGUGGACGACCUGGUGAUCUACAAGCACAAGAGCGUCCUGUCCAAGUAUGACGAAGAGAUUGACGGGGAGAAGAAGAAAUCCUUCCAGCUGGACUCGGUGGGGAUGGCCGACGGGUCUUGGGAGCGGGAGCUGCAGCAGAUCCGGGACAGCCUGCACGACCGGGCUCAGACCCUGGACGUGCCCAGCCUCCGCCUGGCCUCCGAGUACUUCACUCCGGAGGAGAUGAAUGUCACUUUCAAGAAGACGAAGCGACGCGUGAAGAAGAUCCGCAAGAAGGAGAAGCCCGUGAAGGCAGCCGACCUCCUGCCGCUGUGCAGCAAGGCCAGCGAGAGGGACUUUGGCUCCAGGGCCCGUGGUCGGGGGAGGAGGAGGGCUGCUGUGGAGGAGGAGGAAGGAGAGGAGGAUGAGGUUGGCGAGAGGUCCACGGAGGGCGCCUGGAACGGAGCAUCGGAGCGGCUGCCUCAGUCAGACGACAUCCGGGUGGAGAGGAUGGAGAUCAGUACUGACGAUGAGGAUACUCAGGUGGGCCCCAAUUCUCCCACUGCUGUGGAGGAGGAGGAGGCUGAGCUGGAGCUGCAGAAACAGCUGGAGAAGGGGCGCAAGUUGAGGCAGAUCCAGCAGCUGAAGGACAGUGGGGAGAAGGUUAUAGAAAUAGUCAAGAAGCUGGAGACCGGCCGGAGCCAGGACGACGACGACGAGCUGGAGAGGAAGGGCGCCAUCGUCUUCAACGCCACCUCCGAAUUCUGCCGCACGCUGGGCGAGAUCCCCACCUAUGGGCUGGCUGGCAACCGCGAGGACCAAGAAGAGCUCAUGGACUUUGAGCGAGACGACGAGAGGUCAGCAAAUGGGGGCUCGGACUCGGACGGCGAUGAGAACAUCGGCUGGAGCACCGUCAACCUGGACGAGGAGAAACAGGAGCAGGAUUUCUCUGCUUCCUCCACCACCAUCUUGGAUGAGGAGCCCAUUGUGAACCGGGGCUUGGCAGCCGCCCUUAUGCUAUGCCAGAACAAAGGCUUGCUGGAGACCACCGUGCAGAAGGUGGCAAGAGUGAAAGCACCCAACAAGUCACUGCCGUCAGCUGUCUACUGCAUCGAGGACAAAAUGGCCAUCGACGACAAAUACAGUCGGCGCGAAGAGUAUCGGGGCUUCACUCAGGACUUCAAGGAGAAGGACAGUUACAAGCCGGAUGUAAAAAUAGAAUAUGUGGACGAGACAGGCCGCAAACUCACGCCCAAGGAGGCCUUCCGGCAGCUUUCCCACCGCUUCCAUGGCAAAGGCUCUGGCAAGAUGAAGACGGAGCGACGCAUGAAGAAGCUAGACGAAGAGGCGCUCUUGAAGAAGAUGAGCUCCAGUGACACCCCGCUGGGAACGGUGGCUUUGCUGCAGGAGAAGCAGAAGGCCCAGAAGACUCCUUACAUCGUGCUUAGUGGCAGCGGGAAGAGCAUGAACGCAAACACCAUCACCAAGUGAAGGCCUUUGUUUUCCAGGGUGGAGGGAAAUGUUUGCUCAGGGUUCUGUGGAGUUGUCCUGUGGCAGGGGCCCCACGCCUGUUGCUCCUCACAGGAACCGUGUUCAUUCACCACGUUCCCUCGCCACUUUCAAAGAUGCGGAGGAUCUGUAUAGAUAGUUGUGGAGCUGAGUUUUUAGCGCCAUUUUUUUGUAUCUAUAUGUGAAACCAAAUAGCUUGAGUAAAGGUAGCUGCUUCCUCA